AUGACACGUGAUAAGUUGAUUACAAUAGUAACUAGUCCUCCUACACUGGUUUACUUGUCUCCGAUGACCGCUGUUGAAGUGCUAACGAGGUUAUUGGAAUGUAUGAAAGUUUUUGUUGGAUGCUGUCCUUGUAACGAAAGCCAGUCACCCAGUGUGGUGAGACGUGGGCGGGGAGGGGCUCGUGGGCGUCAUGCGUCGUGGGCGCCCACACUUGCAUUUGCCGACUGCUCAUGUACCAGAUAUGUGGAGUAG